CCUAACUAAAAGUCUCAAAUAAUGUCUUCGAGAUAAUUGUAUCGGUGGACAAUUUGUAGACAAAAAGCCUAGUUCACGGUUGGCGUUGAAGGCAACCUCAUUUUUUCUUCUUUCUCCUUUUCUGUGCUAUUUUAUUUUUAUCGUACAAAAAACAAAUAAAAUAAUUUCUAUGAACCCUAUUAUCAUCUAUGACUUUUGGAAAACCGGCACUAUCAAUUUCUAGGACACAAACUUUGACCAUUUAAUUUUGUUUUCAACUUUUUUUUUCUCUCGAAAUAAUGCAAAAUUUGAAAAUAGGUGCGUGCAAUUUAUGUAGACGAAAAUCAGUCCAAGAGUCAAACAUUAUUUAACAAACAUAUUUGCGGUAACCAAUUAUUUAAUCUCAAUUUACUUUAUGAGAUAAUUUGAAGAAAAAUGCUAAAUCUUGUAAAUUAACACCAGAGGUGGGGUCCUGAGCACAAUAAAUUGAAACAUCGGCAUAUAAUCCUUAAAUUUUCUACUCUCAAUUUCUAGGACACAAACUUUGACCAUUUAAUUUUGUUUUCAAUUUUUUUUUCUCUCGAAAUAAUGCAAAAUUUGAAAAUAGGUGCGUGCAAUUUAUGUAGACGAAAAUCAGUCCAAGAGUCAAACAUUAUUUAACAAACAUAUUUGCGGUAACCAAUUAUUUAAUCUCAAUUUACUUUAUGGGAUAAUUUGAAGAAAAAUGCUAAAUCUUGUAAAUUAUCACCAGAGGUGGGGUCCUGAGCACAAUAAAUUAAAACAUCGGCAUAUAAUUCUCAAAUUUUUUAAAAAAAUUUACAUAGAAAAAAAACCUCCAAAUUUAUUUUUAAAAAAAUUUCGAAAAUCCUCGCUAAAGUCUCCAACAUCUCAUGAACAUCCAUGACUAUCACAAAAGGCCAUUUAAUAGAUUUUAGGUAUUGGAGCUUAUGACCAAAUAUUUGAGGUUUAUUUUUAGGGGGUAAUGCUUACUUUACGUACCUUUUAUAGUUAGGGUUUGGGAUAUUCAAUAUUGAUGAUUACACUAAUUCUUAAUUUUAAUAUAAAUUACAUAUAUUUCAUAACUUUUUCUUGUUUUUUAAAUUUUUCGUCAAGAGAUAUUGUUUUGAUAUAAUCACGUUGAAAAUUAGUCUACACUCAAGUCAAAUGGUCAAAGGGUGUAAGCUCAGUUUCUUGGACUUCACCAGUUAUCAAUUGUGAUCGAGUGAGUACAUUGUAAAAGUUCUUGGUAAAAUUUGGUACAUUGUAAAAUCCACAAAACCUUGUUAGUUUCGUACUCGCGAGUCAUUCCGAUUUCGAGAGCUUGUAUUUUUCGAUCAUUACUGAAUUUGUUUGAUUUAGAUAUGGUUCAUAAGACGUAAUUAACUGGAAAAUAUGAAAAGACAUCAUGUGUGAUUAACUAUAGUCUAGUGUUAGAUGUAAUUUUUCCAACAACGCUUUUCUAUCAUACAAAAAUUAGUUUCAUAUAUUACACUAUACAGUAUUAUUACUACAUUUAGAUUAAAUUCGUUACUUUGUCAUGACAAAUAAAACGUUAUUAUCCCUUUGAUAUUAUCGUCUAUAAGUUUUACACCAACAAAAAUUGACGUUUAUCUUCUUUCUCUCUCUCUCUUGUUGAAGCUUUUUGUGAAAAAAACUAAUGUUUAUUGCAAACAAGUAUAUAUAUUUAAAUAAAUUUCCCCGUUAGUUUCCUGAUUUUCUCAUCGAAAAAUCAGUUUCCUUAGGAAAUGUAUAGAACCCAUUCAUCUGGAAAACAACGUUAGAAAAAAAAAAGCGAUUAUAAAUUAUUAUUUGUUAUUACAAUUGAUUUAGAAUAUAUUGUUGUAAUAUAUUUGAAUUGAAAAAAAAAGAAUGGUAAAUUCUUGUUGUAUCAUUAAUUACUGAAAUCGGAAACUGUGAAAUGUACGGGGAUGUGCCGGUGUUUAUGGCGGAAGGAGAGUUGUUCAGGGAUCAACCAUACGCAGGAGAACUUCCUCAGGGUCUAUGGACCACCGGUCUUUGUGAUUGUCACGAAGAUGGUUGCAUUUGUUUUCAGACAGCUAUAGUGCCAUGCGUCUCCUUCGCUCAGAACACCGAGAUCGUAAACAGAGGAACCAUACCUUGCAUAAACGCAGGUUUGAUUCAUCUAGCGUUAGGGUUUGUGGGUUGCUGCUGGCUUUACGCGUUUCCAAGCAGGUCAAGGCUUAGGGAACAUUUCGCAUUGCCUGAGAAACCAUGCAGUGACUAUUGGGUCCAUAUAUGUUGCACACCGUGUGCUAUCUGCCAAGAGUCUAGAGAACUCAAGAACCAAGGCGCUGAUCCUUCCCUCGGUUGGGUUUCGAAUAUAGAGAAAUGGAGACGAGAGAAAAUAACUCCUCCCAUUGUUGUACCAGGCAUGAACCGCUAAGUGUUGCCUUGUCUCUUACGUUUUGUAACUGUUAUGUUAGAUCAUGUUAAUUAGCUUCUUGUUUUUCCUCAGUUUAGCGUAGGGAACAAGUCAAAUAUAAACGAUUCUGAAAUGGUAACGUUUACACAGCG